AGGAAAUGUUCUCUCUGAUUUUUUUUUAAUUAAUUAAUUAAUUUACUUAUUUAUUUUGGGCUGUGUUGGGUCUUCAUUUCUGUGCGAGGGCUUUCUCUAGUUGCGGCAAGCGGGGGCCACUCUUCAUCGCGGUACACAGGCCUCUCACUGUCGCGGCCUCUCUUGUUGCGGAGCAUAGGCUCCAGACGUGCAGGCUCAGUAGUUGUGGCUCACGGGCUUAGUUGUUCCGCGGCUUGUGGGAUCCUCCCAGACCAGGGCUUGAACCCGUGUCCCCUGCAUUAGCAGGCAGAUUCUCAACCGCUGCGCCACCAGGGAAGUCCCCUCUUGUGUUAUUUUGGAGUAGCUAAUGGUAGAUGCUUUUCUAGUGUUAUUUUGGAGUAGCUAAUGGUAGAGAAACAUUGAACCACUUUAAUAAAAGUAAAGGAGAAUUAGAUCAAGCACUUGAUUAUAUUUUCUGUAAUGUUUUAUGUGUAUGAACUGCCAUCCUGGAAUUCAUUUUUUCGUUUGUUUUUGUUUGUGGGAUUUUUCUUUGUUUUGGGUGCACCACACGGAGAUCUUAGUUCUCCGACCAGGGAUCGAACCCAGACCCCCUGCAGUGGAAGUGCCGAGUCCUAACCACUAGACCGCCAGGGAAUUCCCUGUUUAGUUUUUUUAAUGAUUCUUUUACUAAUGAUAAAAAUGAUAUCCUGGAUAUGAGAAGAAGGUGGGACCUGGGCAGGAUCUAAAUUCAUCUUCAUAUUCAAAUAAAUGAGCAUAGUAUUUGCUGGUAGUAGACAUUUCACAAAUCUUUUCAUCCAGUUUUUAAUUGAAUAAAGGCCAUUUAGGAGUAACUGUACUUACUGUUUUCUGGGAAAACAGAUGGAAAGGGAAUAUUGUCUUUAGACUUCACAUUUUAUGCUCUUACCCUCUUGAGGCAGGGUCGUUCCUAAGGAAUACCUGCUCAGUUAUUAACCUCAUUAUUGAACAACCUCCAAAGGAAAGAUUUUUAGUCUGUAAUCUUUUUGAAGACUAGUAGGCUGACUUGCAAAGGUUGCCAAUCCUAAUCUUGCUGCCUCUUUGUGCUUCUUGAACACUGAUGCUCAGAUAUUUCCAAAGCUCAUUUUCUGUAGUGUUUGAUUUCUACCUAAGGCUAUUGAUUCAAGUCCCCUGCUAGCAAAACCACAGGUGUCUAUAGAAGUGGACGAUUUUUUAUGUAUAGUGCAUGGUAAAGUGACUAUUAAUCACUUUUUGUGUUCCUGUUUUAAUAUUUCCUGGAACAAGACUUUUCCUUAUCACUUAGUUUUUUUAUGUAUUGAAUAUAUAUGGGAUACAUAUUUAUAGGAAGACCACUUUCAGAGUUAUGUAGAUUUUUAUCACAUCACUCUUGUGCAUACAUGAGGAGGAAAAAGCAGAAUAAUUUUUAUCCCUUAACUUUCCACCUGCAGAGUCUGAUUCUUAUGAAUAACUUUUUAACCUAGUUGUCAAGUUCAUGUAUGUCCGUAAAAUGUAUUAACAGUGAGUUACUAGAAAAAAGACCAUGCUCUUGGAUGUUGACAGCAAUGCCAUUUGCUAGUACAUUUUCUAACUGCUUGCUCUCAGUGACUGUCCUUAGCUUGUCUCAGAAGAUGUUUCACAGGACUUCCCUGGUUUUGCAGUGGUUAAGAACCCGCCUGCCAGUGCAGGGGACACGAGUUUGAUCCCUGGUCCGGGAAGAUUCCACAUGCCGCGGAGCCACUCAGCCUGUGUGCCACAACUACUGAGCCUGCGCUCUAGAGCCCGCGAGCCACAGCUACAGAGCUCGUAGCCCCCGCUACUCUUAGUACUCUAUCAAUAGUUGAUGAGUUUUGGCAGUUGUAUAAGUUGUUGUGAGAGUCAUAAUCAAGAUAUAGAGCGUUCUGUCACCCCUCAAAGACAAGAGCUGCCUUGUGCCCCUUUGCAGUCUAUCCCCCCAUCCCAACCCCAGGCAGCCACCCAUCUGCUUUCUGUCACUGCGACUGUGCCCUGUCUAGGAUGCUUUUGAGAUUCAUCUCUGUUGCGUGGAUCAGUUUGUUCCGCCAGCGGAUGGGCAUUUGGGUUCUUUCCAGUUUGGGGCCAUUAGGAAUAAAGUGGCUGUGAACAUUCACGUACAAGUCUGUGUUGGACAUACGUUCUGUUAGAAGAAGAUUUCAAGCAGAGGAGUGACAUUUGAUUACUUUUGAAAGCUUUUUAUUUUGAAAAUUUUUCUGAUUUAUAUAAAAGCCGAAAUAGUACGCAGAGCUCCCAUACAUAUUUUUGAACUGUCGAGGAGAAAUUUCCCCCUCUACCCCUCCUGAGUUCUUGUGGCUGGACUAAUAAUGAAAUUGAUACAAAACAGAUUAACGGGGAAAAAAAAAUUUUAAUUCAUGCAGACAGAGGUCUCAUAGAAAUGAGACCUAAGUAGUGGCCAAAGCAGGCAGCUUUUAUACCUUCUAGAGAAAGAAAGAAUAAACUAGAGAUGAAGUGACACGGCAAAGAAACUUAGGUUUGGGGUGCUCAAUUAGUGAAGAAUCUGAACAGUUCGACCCUGAGCUAGUAAAGGAGUAACAAGGUUUGUUUAUACAAGCUUCUUGACCUGAGUUCCCUAUGUCUGGUGAACGGGUGUCCUACCUCUAGAUGCAGGGGGUGCAUCUUUCACAUGAGAGGUUUAUUUCCUGCUUUCUGGUUGACAGAAAGGAGGGUCAGGGUGUCACUUUUGCAUUGGCGGUUCCUUAAGUAACUAAUUCAAAAUAAUAUACCUUAUUUCGGGGAGGCCCACCCUGAGCCCUAGCAGAACCAUUUGACAGUGUGUUGACCUGAUCGCUUGUUACCCCCUUAAAAACUUCAGUGUGAAUUUCCUAAGUACAAGACCACUCUUCCACAUAACUUCUAGAUGACCAGCAACAUCAAGGAAUAACAUUCAUCCGACUUAUUUUUUUGUAUUUUAUUAUAUUUUAUUUUUGGCUGUGUUGGGUCUUCGUUGCUGCGCGGGCUUUCUCUAGUUGUGGCGAGUGGGGGCUACUCUUCGUUGCGGUGUGCAGGCUUCUCAUUGCGGUGGCUUCUCUUGUUGCAGAGCAUGGGCUCUAGGCGUGUGGGCAUCAGUAGUUGCAGCACGUGGGCUCAGUAAUUGCGGCACGUGGGCUCAGUAGUUGCGGCAUGCAGGCGCUAGGGUGUGCAGGCUUCAGUAGUUGUGGCACACGGGCUUAGUUGCUCCAUGGCAUGUGGGAUCUUCCCAGACCAGGGAUCGAACCCGUGUCCCCUGCAUUGGCAGGUGGAUUCGUAACCACUGUGCCACCAGGGAAGUCCCCAUCCUAUUGAUUGAUGUCCCAAUCAUGAUCCGAGAAUCCAAUCCAGGAUCAUGUGUUGAGUGUAGUUGUCAUGUCUCUUUAGUCUCCUGUCAGUUCCUCAGCCUGUCCUAACCUUUUAUACUAAAAAUAAUGAAUUUGCAACAGUACCUCUGAUUGCAACCCAAUAGCACUGAGUUUAUUCUAGCCUUUCCCCUCUCCUUACUUGUAACUUAUUCUUCUCGAGGCCCAUUAAUCUCCAUGUAUUUAGUAACUAUAUUUUGAAAAAGAUUCGAUCAAACUAGGAUCUUCUAACCAUCCUUAACUUACUGAUCUGUGGGAGUUGCACAGAGGGUCUAGAGGGAGCAGAUGUUGUUAUCCAUUAAAUAUAGCAGUUUUCAACUUGAAUUUAACUUUCAACUUUGGCUGCAUAUUAGAAUCAUCUGGGAGAUAUUUUCAAAUACCCAUCCCUAACCUACACCCCAGAUAAAUUAAAUCCCAAUCUCUAGGGGUGAAAUCCAGUCGUCAAUAUUUCUUAAGCUCCCCGAUUGAGUCCAACGUGAGUCAAAGUUAAGAACUAACAAAGCAGAUUUCUACCUUUAUGAAGUGGCUUAUAUGAUUAGAUUAUUAGUUCAAAUUAUAUUUUUCAAAGGUAGUCUAUAGAAGAUAGCAUCAAAAUGGAAACUAUUCGGAGAGUCUCACAUCUCCAUUUUAAACUUAAAGGCCUAAAGUAUUUUGUUUGGGUACUUAACAGGCAUUUUGUCCCUUGAAAAUGUUGUAUCCAGCAAAGACCUGAUGACGAAUGUGAAAUCCUGGCUGAAAAUUUGUGCUGUAUUUGAUUUGCCCUCGAGCAGCACUUCUCAAACUUUAAUGUUCAUACGAAUCACUUGUAUCUUGUUAAAAAGUCGAUUCCGAUUUAGCAGGACUGGGCUGGGGUCUGAGAGACUUUAUGAAGUGAUGCUAAAGUUGCUGGUCUGGAGACCAUGCUUUGAUGGCAGGACCCCAGCAUCUCUGCCCUAAUCAUUUAGUCAGUGAGUCUUAAUUUGAGGGGUGUAAUGAACAUCUCUUUAGGCCUGAUAAAACCUAGGGACUUUGCCCAGAAAAAAAGAGUACACAUGCAUGUAUACACCUAAGCAUUUAAUUUCGGGGAUCAUGCAUUCAUUCAAUGAAUACCUAUUUACGAGUACCGAGUAUUUUUCUGGGUGCUAAAGAUAGAGCAGUGGACGUCCCCACCUCGUGGAGUUUUCAUUGUGGUGUCAGGGGGACAAAUCACCAAGUAAGUAAACAAGGCAUGCCAGGUAGUGAAAUGUGCAUCAGAACAGUGACCACUGGUCAAGUGAUGGAUGGAUUGGGUUGCGGGAGUGCGGGACUGGCUCUGUUAAACUGGUCUGUCGGUGGAGACAUCUUGACUAUCAGAGAGCAGAAGACCAGUAUCUGGAGGAAAAGUAUCCCAGGCAAUAAGCUUAGAGGGCCUAAAGUAGAAAUGAGCUUCGCAUUUUCAAGUGGCUGGUGUGCCAGGAACAGAGCCAGUGAGGGGGAGUGACAGAAGGUGACCUCAGAGGGGUGGAGGGGCCAGAUCAUGCAGGGUCUUGUACGUCAAGGCGAGGAGGCUGCUUCCACCCCGUCCACUUGUCCAAGCCUUUUUUUUUUUUUUUUUUUUUUUUUUAACGGUACGCGGGCCUCUCGCUGCUGCGGCCUCUCCCGUUGCGGAGCACAGGCUCCGGAUGCGUAGGCUCAGCGGCCAUGGCUCACGGGCCCAGCCGCUCCACGGCAUGUGGGAUCUUCCCGGACCCGGGCACGAACCCGUGUCCCCUACAUCGGCAGGGGGACUCUCAACCACUGCGCCACCAGGGAAGUCCCUGUAAAAGCCCAUUUUUAGACCCUAAAGGAACCACAGCCUCCACUUUAAGAACCCCAGACUGAGAAGCUAAUUUAGGAACUAAAGGAAAAAAAAAUGUCUUUGGGGGAUUAAAGCCUCAAAGAAUCUAUCUGAAAAUCCAGAAGCAGGAGGGAAGUAAGCUCAGGACAGAGCCCUUCUCUGGACCCUCCUAAUGUGCUGUGGUGACUCGAGUGUGCUACCGGCCACGACAGCUUGCUGAGUUAUUCUAAGUUUAAAUUCCUAUUUGUGAGCAAAAUUUUACAAAGAGGCCUCUAGUCUUCACCCGGUCUCUGCCUACUGCAGAAUGCUGGAACGUACCAGGCCUGCCCAGGAUGCACUCAGAAGGCUUGGCAUCUCUUUUCUUAGUUCUCCACCUUCAAAUGGCCCAUGAUGGCUUUGUGUCAGCAUCAGCUUAGUUGGCUACGUUGUUGUGACAGCUCAGACGUGGCUGUAUUCAACGUUUCACUCCGCUUUGGGGACCUGCCUAGGGUGUGGCCAUCUGAGUUUGCGCAGUCUUCAUUUCUGAAAGUGCCUCUCAAACGGCAAUUGUCUUUUGACUCUCCUGUGUUGACAGCUGGCUGGAGACUGUCGCAGUCUGUAAAACAGCUGCCUGAUCAGGAUAAAGAGGAUUUUGAUCGAUGCUUUCAUUUUCCGAGAGAUCCUCUUAGGCCCCUAGAUUAUAGGAAGAAAAAAUGCACUGGCAUUCUGCUUUCAAAAAUGAUUUCUAAUUCAUCCCUUCCUUGAAGUGAAACAGGAAAUAAAGAACUUAAAACCCCAAUUCUAAGUUGACAGUGGAUGCAUGGAAACAGCACUGGACCACAAUCCUGCUGGCUGACCCUUGGAGUGGUUAAGAAAGGCAGCUCUGGCCUGUGCUGAGCCUCAGCUUCCUCGUCUAUAAUGAAGAUAUUGGAUUUCACGAGCUUCCACAUCAGGGCCAGCCGUAUAAGAGAUCCUCCCUUGAAAAGAACACGCCACUCCCACCCCUACACCACACACACCCAAACAGUAAAACUUUGUUACAUACACACACAUCCCUAAAACAAUCAAACUUUUUCAUUGUACUAUAUUUUGCUUUACCAGUUUAUCCCUUGGAAAAUUGUUUUGUACCUAUUUUGUAAGUUGAAUGCUCGUCCCUCAUUUUGUCAGGUGACAGUGUUUCGGGGGAGAGAAAAGGGGGUUCUGCUCUAAAACUUUAUCAGCAACCAAGUUCGACAGGGCAGCCUGACAGGGCCUCUAGUCUAGAAAUAAUGAGGGGGCAGGGGGCCACCUUAUGAGAGAAAAAAAAUCCCAAACACCCUACAACAUGCAGAAACCUAUUGUCUCCUUCUCCCACUCCCUUGGGUGCAGACCUUUUUUAAUUCAUGGCUGUCUCUAGUGCCUACAACAGUGCCUGGCACAUAGCAGAUGCUCAGGAAAUAUUUGUUGACUAGAUGGGGACAGGUAUUAGCGCUUCAACUUUGUCCCUUUUUUUUUUGGCUGCAUCACGUGGCAUGCAGGAUCUUAAUUCCCCAACCAGGGAUUGAACCCUCACCCCCUGCACUGGAAGCAUGGAGUCUUAACCACUGGACCACCAGGGAAGUCCCAGCGCUUCAACUUUGAUGACUUGUAACUGUGCCCCUCUUCCCAUGGGAAAGAUGCCCGGAAGCAGGCCAGGCAGGCAUGGGGGUUCGAGGAGAAACAAACCUCCAGCUUUACUCCCUCCUCUAUGAGCCAUGAGCGUUUUGAGACUGAAUUUCAAAAAUCUCCGAGAGAGGAGGUAGAAAAAAAGCCUAUUCCAUUUCUCCCAGCCCACCUACCCCUUCUCCCCCCACCACCCCCCGUUAGUAGGGUCUUGUUGUGUUACAGUCCAUGCUUGCCCCAACAGACAUGACUCCUAAGAAUCCUAUCAUGAAUGAUUUGUAAAUGUAAGCAUCCUUAACUUAUCUAUUAUAUAAAUCCAGAUGUUUAUUAAAUGUUUAAAUCAAAAUUAUUUGUAUUAAGGGUAUAGAUCUCACAUCUGCAACAGUUUCCUGCAGUUAGUACAUCUUUGCUCGUACAUUGAAAGACUAUGAGGUUUGAACUAAAAACAUUUUUUAAAUGACUUAAAAUUCUCAUAGUUCUUUCAACAAUGUCUUCCUGAUACAAUAAACCACAGUGAAAGUGACUUUAACAAUGGUGGACCAUUUUGGAUACAAUUUGUGUGUAAAAAAGACACAGAGUUUGAGUCUCUUUGGGAAAUCAGAUGCUAACUAGCCCCUAGAGCCCAGUAGCUGUUAUGAAAGCAGAGAAACGGUAGCCACCUCCCCAUUGGCCGGGGGACUUACCCAGAUGUCUGGCUUUCACAUAAAAGACAGGAAGCACUGAAGUCAGUCUCCACUUCCACUCAAAGGGCAAAAGCAAAAACAGCAAAAAAGGAAGAUGGCAAGACUAUUGUUACUUUUCCUCCCAGGUCUUGUGGCCAUAUGUGCCGUGCAUGGAAUAUUUAUGGACAGACUUGCUUCCAGGAAGCUGUGUGCAGAUGACGAGUGUGUCUAUACUAUUUCUCUGGCCCGAGCUCAAGAAGAUUACAGUGCCCCAGACUGUAGAUUCAUUAACGUUAAAAAAGGGCAGUGGAUCUAUGUUUACUCAAAGCUGGUAAAAGAAAAAGAAGCUGGAGAAUUUUGGGCUGGCAGUGUUUAUGGCGAUCCACCUGAGGACGAGAUGGGAACUGUGGGUUAUUUCCCCAGCAACUUGGUCCAGGAGCAACACGUGUACCAAGAAGCCACCAAGGAAGUUCCCACCACGGAUAUUGACUUCUUCUGCGAGUAAGAAGUUAGACAAAUUUGCAGAUAGAAAGGAAACACCAAAAACAAAGAAAAAAGCGAAAAUAACCAAAAAAUACACGUCCCUAAUUUCUGACUUUUGUUUCAAGGGUUUCGCUUGGGGCUGGAGAUAGCAGAUAAAGGGGAGGGGAGGGCGGGAGGAGAGAGGAAGGAGGGGGAAAGGGCAGGGGGGAGGGGGUGUUCUCUGAGCCUGGUCUUCCCACCCACUGGGACAGGGUGACCUUUGGCUAAGUGGAUGAAUUGAAGGUAGACAAUUUUUUUCAGCCUAGAGAAUCUUCUCUUACACAGGGAUCAUAUAGAAGGUAGCUCAUUUAUAGUUAUUUCUAAAUAGUAAUUCUUCUAAGCUCUUUGGAGCCCCAUAUAAACUUAGGUCAUAGGUCUUUUCUUUGGACAUGACGUUUUCUACUUAUUUGUCUCUCUGGCCAGUUGGAGUAUUAUAAUGUACACAAAGGGGCUAUGUCAUCAAGGAGUAUUAUAGGAUUGUUGUUACUUUUAAUAUUUGAUGCCUUUGGGAUGUGAAGCUGUUGGGGAAGAAAAAGAGCUGUUUGGACUCAUAGAUGUUUGGACUAUGCCUCUAAAUUUCUCUUUAAAAAAAUGUCUCACAUUAUUUCAGUUGAAUCAUUUGACCUUCUAAAUGAUCAACUUACCUCUCCCCCAAUUUUAAAUAAUGUUAAAUUUUAAUUUUAAUAAAUUAAAAAAUUUAAAUUUUAGUAAGUGGUGGUGGGGUGCUUUAUGAAAUAUUUACAGUGGAAUAGUUUCCCCUUAUUAUGUGCUGUUACUGGAUAUUAUUCAAUCUUCAAGUCGAAAUAUACAGAAAAAAAAAGUCUAUGGGUUAUUUUCUCCACUUCUAUUUCAACUUCGAAUUUCCUCUUCCUGUGCAAAUCCCCCCAUCAAGGGUGAUGUGUUAAGAAAUCUGGUGAGGGGAUACAGGUUUGGUGGUCCUGAUGGACCCACAAGUUUUUCUACAUUUAACUGGAAAUCGGCUUUGAUUGUGUAUUACUAAUGUAAUCCUUUUGAUGUAGUCAUGAGCUUUUGUUUGUUUACGUGUAAUGUAACAUGUUAAAAUGCCUGUCCUACACUCAAAAAUUUUUUCACAAUUUCUGAGUUUAAACAAUUUUUUUAAAAACACUUUCACCUUGAGGAAUAGAAAGUCUGGGAGGUGGGGUUUGGGAAUGGGGUUUGUUCCUCAGUUUUCUGGGGUCUGAGCAUCCCACAAUCAUGAAGAGAAGGGCAUUUAGGACAAGUUGGAGGCUUGGACCCCAGAGUCAUUUUCCAGCUGUGCCCAUUGUGACUUUAGGUGAAUAUGUUUUUGCCAAACUCUUAGGGAGGUCAGUCAAAUAAAAUGGUACCCCACUCCCGAGAAAAAGCCCCCUAAACCCAAACCCACCUACUAUUUUUUUUUCUAUCUCACUUUAUUCCGUAAAAAAUUUCAUGCAACAUCUAGAGCUCUCAACACAAUUUUAAGCUAAGAGGCAUUUAUCCAACCUCUGUUUCUGCCUCUUACUUGCUGGCCCUCCAUUCCAGACACCCCAUCACCCCUCGAGACACCCAGCGCCCCCAUUGUGCCCUCACUCUGUCCAAAGCCCCUAUCUGUCUGGCUUCAGGCAUCCAGCCUGGAGUGCCCCAGGCACACGGCUUCCAGCUAUAGGCUCCCUCCUGGCCCAAAUCUGCUCCCACCCCCAGGACUGGUCUCAUGUAGGAGUUGGAGGUCAUUGAUUGAUUUAAAUCUCCUGGGGGCUUAUCCGCAGUAAAAGAAUGAAAGCACUUGCAGGAACUUUAAACACCAUCUUUAGGCUCUGGGAAAGCAAAAUGCCAUCCCUGGACCAGUAGCAGGAUGGCCUCACCUGGAAGCUGAUUAGAAAGCAGAGUCUCAGGGCCCACUGCAGACCUCCUGAAUCAAAAUCUGCAUUUUAACAAGACCCUCAGGGAUUCAUGGACACAUGUAGGAAGGGAAAAACUUCCUUCUACUCUUCUAGGCUCUUUGGCUGGACAUAAGAGUUAAAACUGGUGUAGGACAGAUGAAUAAGGGAAAAGCAUACACAUUUAAUUCCGUAAGACUUCUGCUUAUGGAAGAAUAAGGAAACAAUACGGGGAGUGGACAUGACUAGCGUAGACAAGUCGAUUCCAUGAGCCCACUUAGGGCAAGUGGGAGACUGCCUAGAGCAGGGCUACUCAGAGUGGGUACCAGCGCAGGACAAGGCCAGUACAGAAAGCCAUCGAAGGCGAAAAGAGUCAGGGCAUGGUGGACGCUGGCAGGCAAAAACCUGAAAUCUUGCUUAUGGGAUGUGUGGAAUUGGUGGCUCAGAAAAAUUGGGUGAUGAGAACAGAGCCCAGGGCACCAUGGAAGAAUGUGGGAUGUACAUGUCAGUGCCGCCGUUUCCUAUCUGUGCAUGCCUGAAUAUGGUUCUAACCUCUCGGGACCUCUGUUUUCUUGACUAUAAAAGGCCUUAGGGACUUCCCUGGCGGUCCAGUAGUUAAGACUCCGCGCUUCCACUGCAGGGGGCUCAAGUUCUAUCCCUGGUUGGGGAACUAAGAUCCCGCAUGCCGUGCAGCACGGCCAAAAAAUAAAAGGGGUUAAUGACAACUUCGUGGCUGAGUUGUUGCAAAUUUUAAAUAGAAUGCGUGCACAGGGUCUGCACAUGGUAGGACCCCUACGUGGCAGCCACUAUUAUCUGACCCAAGAGGGCUGCAUGAGAAUGGCCGUCACUCCUGGAGUUGUGCUCUAACCCUCCAGAUGCUUCACUGAUCAGAAACUGCAGUUCCCCAUCGGACCAUCUGGAACGUCUACAUCAAAGAUAUUUGUAACAUUUUCCAGAUUGUGUACUUUUUCCUAGUUUCAUUUUUUUAAAAAAAAAAAUCACCUGAAAUUCUCAUAGUCCCAAGUCAUUCCACCAGCCAUUCAGGGAUAUGGUGUACACUACACGUGUAUAAUUUAGAUUUGAGAUCCCAGUUCUGGCCACAGCCCUUCAUCAACACCAGCAUGUGAGGGUCACCACACCUUCUAAAGAUCAACAUAUAUAAUUUGCUCACCCAUGAAACCUAGAGCCAGAUGGGCUUCAGCCGUAAACUAAUCGUAUUUAGGCUCGGCCAAGUAGGGUUGUCUCAUUUGUGUAUCGCCAUCCUAGCAGGGGUGUAAAUUACAAUGCCUCUUGGGAAAUCCAGCUCAGAAAGGGGGUGCCCCACCAGAGCGUGAGGACUUGGGGUCCGUACCUUGAUGGCACUCGCUGUAUCUGCAGAGCCGGAUGCUGUCUCUCUGCUCUCUGGAUGCUGGAAGUUCAGGUCUCUGGCCAGACAUUUUGACCCUCGCUCUGUUGAGAGCCUUGUACAAGACCCAAAGCACAUGGCAGUGCAGGCAGCCACUGGGAAGAGAGAACGCCUCCUCGGAUCACAGCA